CGAAUUUGUCAUUCGCAAGAGAAGGUAAUGCAAUAAAACUUUUGCGCGCGCAUUUCUCUCAGUACAUAACGGUAGCGCUUCGUGUGUACGUACGUACGUGUGUGUGUGGGUGGGCUAAAAAAAUAGCACUCGUUAGCGCCCGCUCGCUCGCUCACUCGCAGUCGUCGCCUCGCGCCGUCUCGCUCUCAGUCGAUUCCCAUUCGAAUGCAAUUCGUUUCGUUGAUUUCUCCGAUUCGCGAACGAGAGGGGGAAGAGGAACCAGUCGAAGGCGAAGAAGCAGAGGCAGCGACGCCACCGUGGCCGUCGCAGCGGAGUAGCUGCCAUCUCUCAAUCUCUGAGUGACAAUCCGUCGGUACGGUACUCGAAAACGGACACAGCUCCGGUUUCCAAAAUUCCAGUACGAAAACGGUUAUUCGAACUCGACUAACACACGCGGGCAAUCGGAAUAAAUAACUUGAAAUAUUCAAAGUAUAUAUUUCACAGCGAAAUUCAAAAAGCAAAGUGCGCGAGUGUCUUGUGUCAGUGCUGUUGAGUUUUUAAAUUACUUUUAGACCUCCUUAAAGAAAAAACGCCAAAUUAACGAAUCGAUUAAAAAGUAAACAAACAAAAGUGUCGGCCAUGAUGAAGUAUGGAUUCUGUGACAAGUGAACAGAGUGAAAAUAACAACAAUAAAGCGGGCGCAAUAAAUAACAAUAUUAAUAGUGGUAUUGAAAGAGCCGCGGGCAAUAUGAACACCACCGCCAUGUUGAUGCAUCACCAGCAGCAGCAGCAGGCAGCCGCAGCAGCAGCAGCCGCAGCAGCCCAGCAGCAGCACAAUGGACGCGACGGUAGCAACAGUUCGCGUGGAGCCAACGAGGAUCGUCCAAAUGGACGGAGCUCCCACACAGGACGAGGAUCCAGUUGCUCACCGGCCAGUUCACCAAGCCGCCAUCCCAGUGCCGUCAGUCCGGUGAGCUCCCUCAACCACUCCAUGAUGCAGCAGAUGCAGCAGCAGCAGCAACAACAGCAGCAGCAACAGCAGCAGCAGCAACACCAUCAGCUCAGCCCCCCGCCACAUGGAAUGCCAUCGGGCAACGGACUGCCGACGGGCCUGCCGCCCAGAAUGCCCCAUGGACUGCCGCCCCAUUCGCUGGGGCUCCUCAACUCCCUGCAGAUGAUGCACCAUGCCUCCCCCUUGGAACUGAUGGCCGCCGCCCAUCACCAUGUGCCGCCAAGGUCGUACAACUCACCGCCGCCGAUCUCCACCUCGGAUCCCAGUGCCAAUGAGUGCAAGCUGGUGGAGUACCGGGGUCAGAAGGUCGCCGCAUUCAUAAUUAGCAACGAAACCAUGCUCUGCCUGCCGCAGGCCUUCGAGCUCUUCCUGAAGCACUUGGUCGGCGGUCUGCAUACGGUCUAUACCAAACUAAAGCGCCUGGACAUCGUACCGCUCGUCUGCAAUGUGGAGCAGGUGCGCAUAUUGCGCGGCUUGGGCGCCAUCCAGCCGGGCGUCAAUCGCUGCAAGUUGCUCUGCUGCAAGGACUUCGACAUCCUCUACAGGGACUGCACCACGGCCAGAUGCCUAUCGAUCAAGCCACCAGAAAGUAACUCUCUGCAAUUCCGCAGUUCCAGACCGGGUAGACCGCCCAAAAGGGGACCCGUUGGGCUUUCCCUGCCGCCCACUCAUCUAUCGCAGCAUCCGCAGUUGAAGAAGCAUCGCCUGGACAACGGCGACUACGCCUAUGAAAAUGGGCACAUAAGUGAUAUGAAAUCGCCACUUUUGGCCAAUGGCUACAAUCCGCCGCCCAUCAAUCACAUGGCCUUCAUGCAGAUGAACGCCCACCAUCCGGGAGCGGCGGCUCUCAUGUCGCCGGGAAUGCCGCCCCACGGAUUGCACGCCCGUCCCGAAAGCCAGAUGCUCAAGGCCGCUGCCCAGAACGCCGGAAUGUCGGCGGCCAAUAUGGACGCCUUGGCCAGAUCGGGAAUCUGGGAGAAUUGCCGUGCGGCCUACGAGGACAUUGUCAAGCAUUUGGAGCGAUUGCGGGAGGAGCGAACGGAUGAGCGCCAGCAGGCGAUGGGAGUGGGUGGUGCGGUCGUCGAUCGGGUGGGAAAUGUGAUGGUGGCCGAGCACAAACCCAGGGAUCUCAGCUCCAGGAAUUGCUCUCCCACGCGUCAGAGUCCGGUGCUGAAUCUUAGCAAGUCCGGCGGAAACACAGACCACGGCGGAAGCAACUGUGACGCGGGCAGUGAGCGCAGCGAUUGCCACUCGGUGGCAGGAUCCCCGGGAAGAGGGGGCUCCCGCAGCCUGGACGAGGCCAGUCGCAGUGGCGUCGGAGGUGGCGUUGCCUCCCAUGUGGGCGGCGGCAUAAUCGGCGUCGAGGACGAUGAGGAGGAAGAGGAGAACCUGAGCGACGAGAACCAAUCCGAAGUCGAUGAACGCUGCCUGGCCAAAGAUGACGAAGAUUUGAGUGACACGGAACGUGAUAAUCUGUCCACGGGCUCAGCGGCCGCUGCAGCGGCUGCAGCGGCAGCGGCCGCACACCAGCUCCACCAGCAUGCCGCCUCGCACCACCACCAGACGGUGGGUCUGUCCCACCUGGGUGUGGUGCCUCCACACCAGCGGGGCUCCCCCUCAUCGGCGGAGGCAGCGGCAGCCGCGCUUCAGCACCAAAGAGCCUUGAACUACUCCCAAUUGGCCGCAGCUGCAGCUGUGGCAAACGGGGCGGCAGUGGGCGGUGGUGCGGUGGCCAAUGGGCCCACCGGCGGCGGUGGUGCCCUCACCCCCAACGAGGCGCUCCUGGCCGCCAACGAUGCGGCCGCACUGGCCGGAGGUCUGGCCUUGGGCCCCUUGGGCAUCGAUGCCCAUGCCGCCGUGCCAGCCAGCUCCACGGAAACGCUGCUCAGGAACAUCCAGAGCCUGCUCAAGGUGGCCGCCGAUAAUGCCAGGCAGCAGGAACGGCAAAUCAGCUACGAAAAGGCUGAGCUCAAGAUGGAUGUUUUAAGAGAACGCGAAGUGAAAGAUUCGUUGGAACGCCAGCUGGUUGAUGAACGUAAACUGAGAGUGCUCUACCAGAAGCGCUUCCGACGCGAGCGGAAGAUCCGCAUCCGCUAUCAGCAGCAGCUUGGUGGCGGCAGCGGUGCGGUGAAGGGCAGCCCAAAUGCCAACGGGAGCGGAGGCGGUGGAUCUGGAUCGGCUUGCAGUGAGUCGGAGGCGUGUGGCGGCGGUGGCGGUGAUGCCAAGUGCAACAAUAACAACAACAAUAAUAACAACAAUAACAAUAGCAACAGCAGCAGCCACGGCGGCGACGUGGAGACAAUGAAAGAAAACGAUGCUGGCAGUGAAAAAUCGGACAAGUCCCUGGCCUCCAAUUCCUCCUGUGAUGUGACCGCCGGACAUUCGGCUGGAUCCGUUUCCGGUUCCAUCUCCGCCGGCCUCAACUGCCCGGAUUCCCCCACCCACUUCAAACGGGAGCCGCACUCCGAUCACGAGGGCUCCGUGGAGCGUCAACCACGAUCCUCAGCUGCCUCACUAGCCGCCCACGAUGAGGAUAACACAAAAAGAUGCGGCAGUCGCGAUCGGGACGAGCGACCGCCCAGCGGAUCAGCAGCCUCUGUGGCAGCAGAGGGCAGCUUGGCUGCUGCAGCAGCGGCCGCCGCAGCAGCAGCCGCAGCAGCAGCCAGCAAUGGAAAGGGUCCGUGGAGCUAUCCGGGCAUCGAUCUGAUGGCCACCGGCGCAUUCUGGCAAAACUAUUCCGAAUCCCUGGCUCAGGAGCUGGAAAUGGAGCGCAAGAGCCGUGCCGCCAAUGCCGAGCGGGAUGUGAAGAGUCCGCUGUCGGAGCGGCCGACGGCUUACUACAAGAACUCCGUGCUCUUCGGCAGCGCCAACUAAACACCUGGUCAGGUGAGGUGGCGCGGAUUUAUUUGAUCUCAGAGUGCAAUCCCAACCGGCGGCGGCUCUUGAGUGGGUGAUGAGGUGGAUAGAUAGAAGUGAGGUGAAAACGUGUGUACAUACCUAAGAUGAUAAAAGUUGGAGUUUUGAGAACGUUGCAAACGUUGGAGCGGCCAUUUUGUACAUAGAGAAAGGACGUAGUGAAAAGAUGCAGAACUUCCGAUAUCCCUUAUUGAGUGCUUAGAUGCGAUAGCGAGCAGUUGUAAGCUUAUAGUGACGUUGUAUAUAGCAGCCGAUACGAAAGACUUUUUAAUGAAUUGAAAAACGAUAAGCUGAAUACCCGUGUAGGCACAGUUGGCAUACCUAGCAUUUAACUUCCCCGAAAAGAAACCAUUUUUAGCAUUGCUUAUAAACCUUACAAUUUAGCUUCAAUUCGAGUAUAUUAAUGUAACAGAAAUAUAUAAUAUACAAAGUAAUACGUAGUUAUUUAGGGAGUACAGAAAAUAAAUCUUACGAGCCGCUUUUUAGUGUUUUAAAGAUGUUGGAAGAAACUUUGAUUUAUUUUACGAUGUAGUUUUUCUAAUGCUAAGGUUUUAAUUUAUUCACUAGCAGGAGUGCAGUAAGUCCGUAAUACUAAAAAUUAGCAUAUAAAAAUAAUUAACUUCAAGUAUUUCACUUGCCUAGGCGAUAAACAAUAAUUCAUAUUAUAUAUAUAUCAAAUAAAGAAUAUUAAUAAUAAAUGCUAAACAAAACAAACUUGUAUGCCCGUUGCAAAAGCAAAACAAAAAACGUAAUGAAGGAAAAAUGAUCAAAAAUUGACAUUAAAAAACUAUUUAAACGCUUCAUAUGCUAUUAUAUAUACACCCUAUAUAUAUACACACAUUAACUUUAGUCAUAACAAUAGUCAAAGAACAAAUAAUUCCGCGAAUCAGCAAACAACAAUAACGGUUCAAAUAUUGUGCAACAUUUCGCCGCUCGCAGUGAAAACACAGAAAUUA